ACGACACAGACGUGCGACGGAAAUCCGUCAAUGUAUAUUUUUUUUUGGUCUGCUGACGAAGCAUUAGACCUGUCAAAAUUGCCUGCUUUUUUGGUUGAGAUUUUAGCAACUGUUUUACUUCUUUUGAAUAUUUUCCAUGGUACGUGGAAGCUCUUGACGUCCACACUAAAUAAUGGGUCGUGGAUAUAUAGUCCAAGAUGAUGUGGAGGGAUAUCUGUCGAAACUGUGUGAACAAAAGGCAGACCCAGUCACAGGACUGCUAAUUGGACAGAGUUCAACCCAAAGGGAUUUUGUUGUCAUGGCAAUUCGGACCCCCCAAAAGGAGGAGUCUGCUGCAGCAGCUAGAAACUCUGUGGACAAGGAGUGGGUCACCGAGCAUGCUCGACAGGUGUCCAGGAUGCUGCCCGGAGGCCUCUCUGUGGUGGGAGUCUUCAUCAUCACUGAUGCAGAUGCCAAGGACGCACUAACUACACUCCGACAGCUGCUGUUUGCAGUGGAAAAUCUGAUCUCCUCUGAGCACCUGUGGGACCCUGCAGAUGAUGAUGUCACAGACUGUGUCACGCUGCAAAUCAAUCCCAAAACCAGAAAAACUGUCUGUAGAACCUUUGACAUCAAAGACCCCAAGAGUGUGGCUAAGCCUGCAGACUGGAAGUACCAGUCAGGUUUGUGCUCCUCCUGGGCAACCGUGUCAUGCAGUCUAAAUGUAGACAUGCUGCUACCACUACUAAACAACAGAACCAGCACAGGAAAUAUGGAGGAAUGCCUUAAGGAAGGACUGAAAGCAUGGGCACACCAGAUUGAGUGUGGACUGUGUCUGAUUGAUGGAAAAAGGCUACCCGAGGAUUCGGAGCUCACAGUGAUACAGAGGAGGAAUCUGAGACAGACAUACACAGCUCAGCUGCUCAUCACAACGGAAAACAAGAGGUUAACAGAUGUGAUCCAGCAGUGUGGCGGCAGCGUGUCAGUAACAGGAGCAAUCCACAGCAGAGCUUAUCUACACAGCAACAAGCCAAAGGCCAGACAGGCAGAGAAGCUGCUGAAGAGGGACGUGGUUUCUACGGUGGCCACGAGAGUUCAAAUGAUGCUGGAGGAGCUGCUGGCAUCAGACCAGGAGAGCAAGGGCAGCUGCAGAGACAAACAACAGAAAGAGCUGUUCUGCCUCCCCCAUCGUAUCUUUUGUCCACUAAAAGUGAGCGGGCCACUCUGUGUGUGUGACUACCAGUUCAGUGAUGAGGAUUUAUCUGAGGUGCCUGAGCGGUUGAAGGAGAUGCUGGACAUUGAUGCAGCGGAGGAAGACUUGGAUACCAGACAGGAAAUGACUGUUGAAAUCACAGGGUGUGAUGUUACACCAGAGCCCACUCAAGAAAAAGUCGAGGCGCCAGAGCACAAGAAAAACUACAUUGGUGUUGCCAUGGCUACAGCUGUCGCCUUACUUGCUACUGCCGCCUCGAUGCUGUAUCUCAAUGACAUUUGAGGAAAAUGAAAUAAAGAAAUAGUGUUUUGUUUUGAUCUUUUCUGCCAAGUGGAUCUUGGUUGAAUCAGAAGAUAACAAAUAGGGCUGACUACAGUUAUUUAAAAAAUAAAAAAAUCCCCAACUGAAAACAGCGCCCUGGGGAUUUAAGCUAUCUGUACAAUGCUACAGUAGACACACAACUACCUUCAGGGAACAUAUUUCCCAUAAACAAAUUUCCCACGUGUGGGACUAAUAAAGCUUAUCUUAUCUUAUCUUAUCUUAUCAUAAGCUAGUCUUUCAUAGUAAAGCUAAUGUGCCUUCUCGGGUAGGGGUAUUUAGUUACUUUCAGAAUGUAAACAUCAAUAUCUCUAAUAUGAUCAUCUCAGGCACACAGCUCUGUCUGUGAACACAAAGGCACCACCCGUCUGCUGUUUAACCCCUCUGUUUGUGAAGGGCUGCCAGUCAGAAGACACUUGGUUUAAAGUUGGAAUUGAAAUAUAGCAACUUGUUUCAUACAUAAAAUAAACUGGGGGAGCGCACCGAGGCCCAGUAUAAGACAAAGGAUCGUUUUGAACUCUGAAUUGUACAUCUACACUCUAUUAGUACAAAA